GUUCUGCGCUCACGUCCAUCGUUGGGGCAGUGCCUUCUCACAUUCAUCCGCUUGUGGCCCACACGCGGGCAACCCCAAUCGCAGUAGUUCGCGAACUCCGUCGCCGUCGGACAUUGUCGCCAUCACCACCGCCGCCACCGCCGCUGCUCCAGCCUUCCCCGCGACUCGACCGAAGUCGAGGUUUUAACCGCCGCCCGGACUCCCGGAAACUACCACCCUUCGAUCGCCUGAACCGUCCAGCGUGCGCUCUUUUUGGAAGCCUGCUAUGAACGACAAUGUCUCGCCGAUGUGGCACCAAGCCCACGACUCGGGAAUCGACAACGGAGCCCCCGAUUUGAAUGACGAUUUUUCUACGUUUUUGAAUUUUGGUGACCUGCCGCUGGGCUUGACGUCGCCCUUCGAUGCUGGUGGGAACGAUGGGGGGGAUUCCUUGACGAUGGACACAGACUUUUGUCUGGAUGGGAAUAAUUCGCAUAACUCGACGGGAGGCGGGAAUGGGAUGUCUGGCGUCACGCAGGCCGAACUCAUGGAAAUGCAAUUCCACGAAAUGCAAAAAUCGAUGGCCCAAGCGCAGAUGAUGAGUCGCCAACAUGGCAUGCACCAUCAUCACCACCACCACCAUGGCAUGAUCCCGCCGACGCCGACGAGUAUGGAGAUGCAUGCGGGCCUUCCGCAGGCGACGCUCCACAACAUACAUCCUCAGAUGAUGAUGGACCGCUUCAGUAUGUACAGAGAGGAGCCAAUGAUCUUCACCCCUCUCGUAUCGCCAGCGGUUACCCCUCUCGAGACCGAGUAUUCGCGCCAGAUACCGGAUUUUGUCAUGCCGUUCAGCCCGUUGACAUCUCCCGCGCUCGACGCCCACCAACACCGUACCCACAUGCCAAAUCCCCAUGUGUCACAUAAGGGCAACCAGAUGUCGACGCACGUGGAGUCCGGACAAUCGCCGAUGAUCGGAAAGAAGGGCAGCGGCAAUAAUGGCAGCGGUGGUCGGCGGAGGUCAGUCACCUCCCGUACUCCUGCGAGAGUCGUUCGGGAGUCGCCGAGCAUGAAGCCGCAGAGAAAGCGGCCACCGCCGCCACUGGCUGCAGCGCCGCUGCUCGCCAAUGCUUUGGCGCAACAGGCGCAAACAUCAUAUCCGCCGCCUCUGACGAUACCUCAGAGCGCCAGGAGGACUUCGUCGACGCCCGGUACUUCGCGGCAAAACACUCCGACGCAGCAACCCAUGAGCCGGGGGAGCUCUUCGAACGAAUCGGUUUCGCCGGAGCCUCUUCCUGAGGUCUUGAUGGCACCGCCGCCUCGCCGGACUUCGAGCGCAAAGGAAGAUGGGUUUGGCACGCAGAAAACGUUCAGCGCACCCAUGACGCCGGCCACCCUCAUGCGACUGCCUCCAACAAAUGUACACUCCGAUGAUACCCCACCGAUAUCCAUGGAUACCGCCGAAUACUUGAAUCGGGAAGUGGAAGUCACGGAUGCAUCGAAAGCGAGCAUGCACGGGUCGGAAAAUGGCGACGAGAUGCCAACGCCUACUAUGCGUGCCCCUAGCAGCAGCAGAACACCGUCGUUGACGCCGUCAUUGAGACUUUCGGCCUCGAGUAGCGUGCGGACGUCACGGCACACUUCACCACUGGACCCCGUCAACUCUGGCGCGACCACAAGGAAGGAGCCGGCGCGGAUACGCAAGCGCGGAAGCGUAUCGUCGAGUCCAGCUCUUCAGCCCAAGAUCUCGCAGAUCUCGCCGAGCAUAAAACCACUUUUGCCGCAGGGUAACUAUUACAGCCCCAACCAUGCCGGAUAUGUUGUUGAUGGAUACACAGGCAUGUCCCCAGACGCCUCCGCCUUCCUCCUCGCCUCAAAAAGCAACUACCAGAACAUCGUUGAAGGCAACCACAGCCAUUUGGGGUUGCAAUAUCCCGAGCACCUCUCUACGAAUCUGACCUCGAAGCGAACGUCUCACAAGAUCGCCGAACAAGGAAGACGAAAUAGAAUCAACAAUGCAUUGGCGGAGAUGGCGAGCCUUCUGCCGACACCCAGUGCCAGCCAGGGAGAGUCGGCGCCAGGCAAGGAGCAAACCAGCAAGGCCAGCACGGUCGAGCUGGCGAUCGAGUACAUCCACCAGCUGAAGACGGAGUUGCAGGGCACCAAGAGCCUGUUGAAGGAGGCGGAAAAGAAGUUGGAGCAGUACGGGUGCACCGACAGCAAUACAAGCGCCGCGAAGAAUGAUAUGGAAGGAAUGGAAAAGACGGCAGUGACCAUGAGUCCAGGGAACAACGAGGCUGAGGCAGCGGUGCCGUCGCCGGGUGUUGCGGUUUCCGCUUGAACUGGACAACUUACAUGGGAUGGUCAUGAUGCGACGAUAAUCUAAUGGAUGAUGAGUUCAACCUCUCUUUUGGAUAGGAAAGGAAAGGAGGGAAGGG